AUGCGUUAUAACGGACCCGUACCAACGGAGCCUGACUCAAUGCAUUAUAACGGACCCAUACCAACGGAGCCUGACUCAAUGCGUUAUAACGGACCCAUACCACCGGAGCCUGACUCAAUGCGUUAUAACGGACCCGUACAACCGGAGCCUGACUCAAUGCGUUAUAACGGACCCGUACCACCGGAGCCUGACUCAAUGCGUUAUAACGGACCCGUACCACCGGAGCCUGACUCAAUACGUUAUAACGGACCCGUACCACCGGAGUCUGACUCAAUACGUUAUAACGGACCCGUACCACCGGAGCCUGACUCAAUGCGUUAUAACGGACCCGUACCACCGGAGUCUGACUCAAUGCAUUAUAACGGACCCGUAUCACCGGAGUCUGACUCAAUACGUUAUAACGGACCCGUACCACCGGAGCCUGACUCAAUGCGUUAUAACGGACCCGUACCACCGGAGUCUGACUCAAUACGUUAUAACGGACCCAUACCACCGGAGCCUGACUCAAUGCGUUAUAACGGACCCGUACCAACGGAGUCUGACUCAAUGCAUUAUAACGGACCCGUACCACCGGAGCCUGACUCAAUGCAUUAUAACGGACCCGUACCACCGGAGUCUGACUCAAUGCGUUAUAACGGACCCAUACCAACGGAGCCUGACUCAAUGCAUUAUAACGGACCCGUACCACCGGAGCCUGACUCUAUACGUUAUAACGGACCCAUACCACCGGAGCCUGACUCAAUGCGUUAUAACGGACCCAUACCAACGGAGCCUGACUCAAUGCAUUAUAACGGACCCGUACCACCGGAGUCUGACUCAAUACGUUAUAACGGACCCAUACCACCGGAGCCUGACUCAAUGCGUUAUAACGGACCCAUACCAACGGAGUCUGACUCAAUACGUUAUAACGGACCCAUACCACCGGAGCCUGACUCAAUGCAUUAUAACGGACCCGUACCACCGGAGUCUGACUCAAUGCGUUAUAACGGACCCAUACCAACGGAGCCUGACUCAAUGCAUUAUAACGGACCCGUACCACCGGAGUCUGACUCAAUACGUUAUAACGGACCCAUACCACCGGAGCCUGACUCAAUGCGUUAUAACGGACCCGUACCAACGGAGUCUGACUCAAUGCAUUAUAACGGACCCGUACCACCGGAGUCUGACUCAAUACGUUAUAACGGACCCGUACCAACGGAGCCUGACUCAAUGCAUUAUAACGGACCCGUACCACCGGAGUCUGACUCAAUGCGUUAUAACGGACCCAUACCAACGGAGCCUGACUCAAUGCAUUAUAACGGACCCGUACCAACGGAGCCUGACUCAAUACGUUAUAACGGACCCAUACCAACGGAGCCUGACUCAAUGCAUUAUAACGGACCCGUACCACCGGAGUCUGACUCAAUGCGUUAUAACGGACCCGUACCACCGGAGUCUGACUCAAUGCGUUAUAACGGACCCAUACCAACGGAGCCUGACUCAAUGCGUUAUAACGGACCCGUACCACCGGAGUCUGACUCAAUGCAUUAUAACGGACCCGUACCAACGGAGCCUGACUCAAUGCAUUAUAACGGACCCGUACCACCGGAGUCUGACUCAAUGCGUUAUAACGGACCCGUACCACCGGAGUCUGACUCAAUGCGUUAUAACGGACCCAUACCAACGGAGUCUGACUCAAUGCGUUAUAACGGACCCGUACCACCGGAGUCUGACUCAAUGCAUUAUAACUGA